AUGGCGUGGCUGUCGCGGCUCGGCAGGCAUCUGAGUCCUGGCCUGGUGCCGCUGCCGUCGGCUCUCCAGGUCGGUGUUCUGGCCCGUUCGAUUUCGGGUCUUGAGGCCUCUUGCACCUGCUUGUCACGCGCGACCCAUGGUGUGCAGGUGAGAAGCUUCGGAGGCCCCAGGCGACAGGGCGAGACACCGACGAUACAGUCCACCUUCGCGCCGUAUCCCAUGGUACCGUAUGGGGUUAAGCGAAGCUCCGCUUACCGAGAAUCCAAGAAGGCUGCUCGCAAAGCUGCGGAGAGGGCUCGACGGGCACAGGAGGAGAAGGGAAUGAUUCUUGACCCCAAGAAGCAGCUACGUAUGGAAAUCAAGCGAAAUUCCGGCAUUGGAUGGUACAGGGCUGCUCAAAUCAUCAAGCAUCUAGAGAUGCACGAGCGUGGCAAGGGGCCGCCGAUGGACCAGGCCAUGCGGGACAGGAUCACCGACAUUGCAAGAGUCGUGAGGAUGGGGAGAUGA